UUGGAAAACCGUCACUGGCGUCAGUCCGGUUUCAACUUGCAUUCCCUUCUGUAUUCCUCUUUUGUAUUGUCCUUCUGGUGUGUAAUUGCUUUCAAUCAACGUGUUGAUUAUUUUGACAGUUGAAUCUUUCUCACGAUCACGAUUGCUUGAUCUAACCUUUGGCUUUGCCUUGAAGUUGUUUAGCAAGUCAAGAUCAAGUGACACUACUUUUUACCAACCUGUAGUGAAUAUAUUCUUUAGUAGAUCAUUUUCAGCGUUCCGUCCGUCCAAUGGUUGUGGCCGAGUCGUACUUUUUCUUUGUUAUAGUCCAUGUGUUCUUCUGUUGUGACCCAACUGUUCUGUGUGUGAAGGAAUGCCGUUAGCAGCUGGGUGCCGGGUGUAGACACUCGUUCAAUGAACAAGGACCCCAACAUGGCUGAAAGUUCAUCCAAAGAAUGCAAGAUACCGGAGGAGUUGAAGAAAUUUACGAGAGCUGUACUCUUGUCCAAGAUCGGAGGGGUGCCCCUUGAAAAGUUUGGUUCUGAUUUCAAGAAGCUUGCUGGCUACCCACUUCACUUCAAGGAGCUUGGUUUCUCUACUCUCAGAUUAUUCCUAGAAGCUAUGCCCGAUGCUGUCAGGUUUGAGUACAGUGAUGAGGCAUCAAAGUGGAUGUUAUAUGGGAUAGGAGAUCCUAAUACAUACAUGAGCUCUGCAGCCAAGAAGGCACAAUACUCCAGACCUGGUGAUGGGACAAAGGACAAUAAUAAUAGAAAGAGGAACAGAAAAAAAUCUGGAAAGCCAGACAAAGGUGACAAUCAUAAUACCAGUAACGGUGAUAGAAGCCAAAGGCCAGCAAGUAGAAUGGGAGUAGAUGACGAGCGGAAAGAAGAUGGAGAACUUCGAAUACCAAUGAGUCAGAGGGGAUUCUACUCAGUUUGUGUAUAUUAUAAGAACACAUUGGGUGAGAGAAGAUACCAAAUAAUGCAGGAAAUUGUUGAACUAUUUGCUACCCAAGGAGAUGUUGUAGAAAAGUCCUGUCUGAAAAACUUGAUGUUCUUCCGCUUUCUGAGCGAAGACGAAGCCAUCUCGGUCGUCAAAUUGUACAACGGACGUUGCCUGUCCGAUGGGACACAAAUCAGAGUCCAGCCAGCUACUGAAAAACUGGCUUCUAACAACAAAAAACCUGAACCUUCACAUGGGAAACCUUCUCUACAUGAACAAAGAAAGCUACAGGGGGAUCUUAUUCACCAACACCUGCAAAACAAUGAGCAUAUAAGAGCAGAGCAACAGAUGUUCCAGCAACAUAGUGGGGCAUGGCUACCAGAUCAGUUUAUGUCACCAUAUAUUGGGAUGCAAGACGCAUACACAGGAAUGCAUGGAGGUCCAUUUUUACAGGGACAUCCACAUAUGAAUAAUGACAAUCUUGAGAGACGAGCGAAUCCCGCUCAGGAACUUUGUGUUCUUCACCUCAACAGAUCCAUUACUGUGGAAGAUCUCAUGACCCAUUUCUGGCCGUUCAACCCACUGUUUGCAAGAAUGCGGAGUAAAACUGAUGGCAAUGACAGAAAAUUCUUUGCAUUUGUUGCGUUUGGAUGUAUUGCUGAUGCACAUAACGCUGAAGCCGCCCUACAGGGAAGCAAGAUAAAAGGCUGCCGUAUUAGUCUUGAAGUAGCCAAAACAAAACGCCAAACAGACCGUUCGGCAGGUGGAGAUGCCACGUUGCAGCAGGACAAAAAUUCCAAUAACGUCAAACCAAGUAGAGAGACUACUGAAUCAAGAGACCAACGUCAUAGUUCCCUAUCCGACGUCGAAUCCGUUGACAGCAUCUCAGCCGAGGUUGAAGUGAAUGACGAUCCAAACUCUCCUUCGUACAUGGACAGUACGUUACCUGUCAUCGAUGAUUCACCUUACACUGCUAAUAAGACAUCCCGUUCAGAUGAUACCAUGAGUUCAGGAGGCAGCGAGGAUUCAUCUGUUACAAGUCAACAAGGGGGCGUCCCGUUCGGAAGAGGUAGGGGGUCGUUGCUUGGUUACCUGUCGCCGUCCCCUGGGAGAGGCCUCGCACUGCUUAGUACGGGAACGGAGAAGAAGAAACCCAGACCAAGCCUGGCAGAUCUGGCGGACAGGCUCCAUGAACUCUGAAGAAUGUGCAGCUGAUGUUCGUGGGCUCUUCACCUGAAGUACCAUGUUUGAUCUCUUAUGUGGGAAGGUAUUGAAGUGUAGAUGCGAGAGCUCACUAGACUCUGUAAAAUCGCUGUAAUGAUAGGCCUGACAUGCAUAGAAAGAUGUAUACUCAUGAAGCAAACCUUGCAAUUACGUAUGCUUUCAGGGUAUGUGAAGAGGGUCUGUACCAUUGGAUUAGCUGUAGAAAAUGCAGCCUCUGAAGCUAUGUAUUACUCCUGCUGAAAUCCAAAGCCUGAUAAAACUCAUAGUGCAUGUAUAAUAAUUUCAUUUGUCUUCAUAGGAAUGAUUCAUGAUGAUGAUGAGUUUUCCUAUACAUGUAGGUUUCCCUUCUUGCUCAAAAAAUCUGCUCCGAGUACAAUUAUAAACUGUACUGGUAAGAGAGGUGAAGACAUAUGGUUUUCUAAACAUCACAUGGGCUAAGUUCGGCCUAGAGAAUGUAAAAAAAAAGCAAAAUCGUUCCAUAUUUUCUGGAAUAUUUCAAUUUUCAUGAAUUUUAUUGAUACAUCGAAUCAGAAUCCUGUAUGUGACAGUUAAUGGACACCUGACAACUCCCCCGAGGGCAUCUCCCCCAAACCAACUCUCACUGAUAACUUUCCUGGAUGGGAAGUCCUCCAACGACAAUCGCCUUGAGAUAAUGAUGUGCGCCAUCAUUGGAUAUAUUUUACUGGCUCUGACAAUGUGAUUUAUAUUUGACUUUCCUGUUUUGAAGAGCUGGCCUCUAUUUUGUCCCACAUUGGCAAACAGAAGUGACUAAAAAAAAAAAUUCUGUAAGCAAUCAAGAUGCAUUUAAUUACGUCAAAAAAGGACAUGUUGCUGAUAAUCGUCACGACCUGCUGAUAAUUUUAUAAUUUACAAGUGGCAAUUUAGUCUAAAAGGACCCAUGGUAUUAUGAUUGUCCUGUAAUGAGUCCAGUAUUUAUGAGUGGCCAUGAUUAUCUGUUUUAUGUGGCGUGGUUUCUUCUUUUAUUUUGUCAUUUUGAUAAUUAGAUUUUUAACAUCAGAUAAUUAGAUUUUUAUGACAGUCAAAUCACAUGUGAUUAUCUCCUUCACAUACCUUCAAACCUUUUGGAUUCAUUCUUGAUAUUUUAUCCCCCCCCCC